AUGUCACAAACAAAUUCAGCUUUGAUUAUCGUAGAUCUCCAAGAAGAUUUUCUUCCUCCGACCGGAGCUUUGGCUGUGCCUCAUGGAAGGGAGGUGAUUGAUUUGAUCCUACAAUUAUUGGACCUCAACAAGUACAAUUGGAAAACGAUCAUUGCCACUUUGGAUUGGCACCCAUCAGACCACACAUCCUUUGCCAAAAAUCACGGUCAGGAGCCUUACACCACGAAAAAGUUCAAACACCCCCACAAUGGGACUAUCAAGGAACAGGUGCUAUGGCCAGUCCACUGUGUGCAACAUAGCAAGGGCGCCGAGCUUGCAAAAGAGUUCAAACCUGUUCUGGAGGAUCUGCUACAAAAACAGCAGGUUCCUACUUACACCGUGAAAAAGGGAUAUUUGCAGGAUCGGGAGUACUACUCUUGUUUCCAGGACACCUGGGGGCUCCACCACACGGAGUGCGAGAAGAUCCUACGCGAAAAUGGAAUAACACAUGUUUUCACUGUUGGACUGGCCUACGACUACUGCGUCCUCAACUCGUCUAUUGAUGCUGCAGACCUUGGCUUCCAAACAUUUGUUUUGAAAGACUGUUCGCGCGCUGUCGAUCCGUCCGCCAAUGAUAAGACCGAAAGCGUGUAUCGCGAGCACGGGGUGAAAAUUAUUAAUCUCCAAGAUGCUGCUCUCGCACAGGCUACUAAAUGAUUAAUCACGCUAUUCUGGCUUUGUGAGUGAUGAUCAAAUAUUUUAUUUUAUGGCCAAAAAAAUUAGUUCGAUUUAAAUAAUAACCAAUUGUUAUGCUGGGACUUCCGAAACUCAAUACGGGAGGCGGGGGAAACAAGAAAGAGCACAAGUCUGAGACCGUCUCCGACGCUGUUGCAAAGUACAACGAGAGACGUUUCCGACAGGCGGCGCUUUUCUAUGGAUGUGCUGUAAUGACGUAUAUUGCGUCCAAGAUUGCCUAUCGGGGUGUCAUUGCCAGACGAUACAACCCGACAUUCUUUCAGCACAACCACGUUCCUCCUAAAUUUUCGUUUUACCGAGAUGCUGCCAGCGCGGUCGCACAUGCCUCACUGCUCGCUGUUUCGUCGAUGGCGAUGUUUGUUACCGGAGGUUUCUGGUACUACGAUAUCUCAGGACCCCGCGAGUUUGGCCAGCGGAUGAAGCUGCUGCUGGGUGGAGCAGAGGCAGAGAAGGAGCUUGCCCGGAUGCCUGUUGACCAGGAAACUAACGACAUCCAGGGCAUGUUGACGAGCUUGCUCAACGGCGACGACAAGGCUCAGAAAAACUAAACGGCUUGUAUAUAGUGUUGAAACGCUUGAACG